AUGUAUCCUCAGUCCGAGGCAGACAGAGAUCAGCAAGCUCCCCGUCAAACGAGAGCUCACUUCCUGCAGGUAUCCAAAGCCAAUGAGAAAACCUUCAAAAUCUGCCUUUGUCCCUUCACCAACAAAGAGAGCGCUCGCCGCCACGCCCACACCCACCUCUCCCGCGCCGAGCUGGAACAGUCCUCAAUUUUCCAUGAGAAGUGCCCCCACUGCGAAAAAACAUUCUUCCUUCGUCGCGACUUCACCUUGCACCUGAAUGUGCACCGCUUCUCCCAUUUGAGCCGCGCGGAGGGCUGGCGACACGUGUGCUACUUUUGCCAAAAACGUUUCCCCACUCAAUCUCGUCUCACUCCUCAUCUGCUGCGCCACACCCAGGAAAAGGCGGACGGAAGGUGUGACAUUUGUCGAAAAACGUUCGCCUCCAAGUACGCCCUGACCCUUCAUCGGUUCCGCCAUCUCUCCGAAGACGAGAAAGUGAAGCAGGGUACGAGUCGCGUGUGUUUAUUUGGUGGGAAGAAAUUCGCCAACGACAACCGAUACGAGUCCCACCUGGUCACCCACACGGAGGAGACGCCGUUCCCCUGCGACCAGUGUGGCAAGCGGUUCGGUCGUAGUGGAGACUUAAAUUUGCACAAACGGAGUCACACGAACAACCCGAAAUGGUACAGGUGUGACGAAUGUGGUCAGUCUUUUAGUAAAAGACAGCAUCUGACCAGCCACAAGAAGACGGUUCACCGGAAGCGGAAGGACUUCGCGUGUCCCGAGUGCGGCAAGAAGUUCGGGACGAAGAGUAACAUGGUGCGACAUUUGAAGAGUGUUCAUGUCAAAAGAAGGCACCCCUGCCCCCACUGUGUGAAAUGCCAUCUUGGGAGGCAUCUCAAGAAGGUUCAUCCCCCGGAAUAAUAAGUCCUUCCUCUCGUGCUAAACGACGUCCCUUCAAGUGACCAAGCUUUACUUUAUGCUUUUACAUAUAUAUUCGUGAUUUCACUAUCAAUUACAAGAAAUUAUUCUCGUACGACUGAUAAAACUGAUAUAAUUGAAUCAUUACGGUGUAAACAUGACAUGAAUUUUGUUAUCUUUAUGACCGUGACGAUUUUUAAGUAAAGUCAUUCUUUUUCAUGUAAAA